ACAUGGGAGUUGAACCUAAUACUCGACAACUUAUUACUCAGCCAACUCCCUCCCUCUGGCCUUUUAGGAGGUUUACUUGUGUUGCUAGAUCUCAGUUCUCACUGCAUUCUUAAAUGUUUUGUUCUUUAAUUUUUCUGUUUCCACAUUUACCGCGACCUUUUUGGUGCAAUAUUCCCCAAGGCCCAAACCCACUCUCCCCUUCACUUCCGUCUCUCAGCCUCACUCACAUAACAGAGCGACUCUUUUCUCGUCCGAUCGGACCGAUCCUUUUGUGUGGUUUUACCAGGUUAAUAUGGCGACCCUUCGAAGUUUGAAAAUCAAGACAAGUACUUGCAAACGCAUUGUGAAGGAGCUUCAUUCCUAUGAAAAAGAAGUCGAGAGAGAAGCUGUCAAAACCUCUGAAAUGAAGGAAAAAGGUGCUGACCCUUACGACCUUAAGCAACAGGAAAAUGUUCUGGCUGAGUCAAGAAUGAUGAUUCCAGACUGUCACAAGCGCCUAGAGUCCUCGCUAGCAGACCUGAAAGGAGCUUUGGCUGAGCUGGAAGAAUUGGAUCAUAAAGAAGGCAUUGAAAUAGAGGAUGCUCGAAGCACUAUAAUGGAGGUUGAAAAGCUGUUCGAAACUACUGAAGAUUAGUGUCCUAGUUUUUAUGACAGGGUCAAUGUAAGGAACAUGACGUGAACGGUGAUGGAUUUGCUAGUCUGUUUUCAUGGUGACAAUCAGUGGGAACUUGGGUUAUGGAUUUCAGAUUUUUGUGGUAUUUGUGCUCAAAAUAUUUAUUGUGAGUGGUGUUCCCUCUUGUGUACGUAAAGAAUUGUUGCAUUUUUCCAAGAAUGUUUUCAUUUGAUGACUAGAAAUUGAAAAUGUGUGUGAAAUGAUGUACAAUAUUGCCUCC